CAGGUUUAUAUAAAGCUAACUCUCCAGCCCUUUGUUGUUGUUCUCACGCUAAUAUGCGAGAUCCGUACAGCCGACUCGACUGCGCGGUCGCAUUCCGCCCCGACUUCCCCUCUGCCAGCGGCCUGGUGGUUUGAGAUGAGUAGAAGAUGUCGGUUUCGGGGCUGAAGGCCGAACUGAAGUUUUUGGAGUCAAUCUUUGACCCAAACCACGAACGAUUCAGAAUAAUAGACUGGAAACCCGAUGAACUCAGUUGCCAAUUCAACGUAACAGGGGAGAAGCUGCUGAUCAUCCACUGCAACAUCACGGAAUCCUAUCCCUCAACGCCACCAAUAUGGUUUGUCGACUCUGAUGAUCCCAGUCUGGCUGAAGUGUUGGAGCGCCUAGAAGAUGUGAGGAAAGGCAGCACAUUGCUUCUACAGCAGUUGAAGCGCCUUAUUUGUGAUCUCUGUCGUCUUUACAACCUGCCACAACAUCCAGAUGUAGAAAUGCUGGACCAGCCUCUACCAGCUGGCCCGAUCACCCAAGACAGAAAACAUGGGUUAUCAGAUGAGGUGACUUCUGAAGAGGAAGAAGAAGACGAAAUGGGAGAGCAGGAUAUUGAUCUGGACCAAGACCUGGACCAUUACGAAAUGAAAGAAGAGGAGCCGGUGGAUGGAAAGAAGUCAGAAGAUGAAGGGAUAGAAAAAGAAAAUCUGGCUAUCUUGGAGAAAAUCCGUAAAAAUCAGAGACAAGAUCACUUGAAUGGUGCAGUCUCUGGCUCAGUGCAAGCCUCAGACCGCCUAAUGAAGGAACUCAGGGAGAUCUACAGGUCACAGAGUUACAAGACAGGUAUUUAUUCAGUCGAACUAGUCAAUGACAGCCUUUAUGAAUGGCAUGUGAAGUUAAGGACGGUAGACCCAGAUAGUCCAUUACAUAGUGACUUGCAGGUCUUAAAAGAAAAGGAAGGAGUGGAUUACAUUCUGCUCAAUUUCUCUUAUAAAGAUAAUUUUCCCUUUGACCCACCUUUUGUACGGGUUGUCUCGCCUGUGCUCUCUGGAGGUUACGUUUUAGGGGGAGGAGCAUUGUGCAUGGAACUUCUCACAAAACAGGGCUGGAGCAGUGCCUAUUCCAUAGAAUCUGUCAUUAUGCAGAUAAAUGCAACUCUGGUUAAAGGAAAAGCCAGGGUGCAGUUUGGAGCCAAUAAGAACCAGUACAAUCUUGCCAGAGCACAACAGUCAUACAAAUCCCUGGUUCAGAUUCAUGAAAAGAAUGGUUGGUACACACCACCUAAAGAGGAUGGAUAAGGAGCUACUACCACUAUGCACCGGGAACAUGUCUUUGAGUUGUCUUGCUUUCUUUGGAAUAUUUUCCCUCUCUGACUUACUGGGAAUAUAUCAUCUUUCUCACAGAAACCAUAUCGUUGGCUCAUUUGACAAGUAUUCCCGUCACCUCGCUCCAGGAAAGACUUUAUUCCGGUCUCACUUUGCUUCUCCCCCUCAGUGUUUUAGUGAGGAGGAUUAUGUGAGGUUAUCACUAGUUCUGUUUUCUAAAUAUGCUCAUUUGUCUUUUGAAAACAAAAAAAAAACAAAAAAAAAACUUUUCUCCCUUGAAAUUUGGGGAAAUGCUUUUUCUUCAGCUGCUUUGACAAAGCGGGCUUCAGUCCAUUACCCCUCAUUUAGUGGGAAUUUUAAAAGAAGAUUGAUGCAGAAGCAGAACCUCAUCACAACUGCUUUUGUUUCUCUCGUUUCCUUUUUUUUUUUUUUUUUGGAAAUUAACUGGUACAUAAAUGCAAACAUUGUUCUAGAAAUAUUAUUUGGCAUUUUUUUAUUAUUUGGGUAUCCUAGACAACAAAUGAUACGAUUUCAUAUUUUCUAAGCUUAUCUUAAAUUUGAGAUUACCUACUACUCACUGUUUUUUGUUUUUUGUUUUUUGUUUUGUUUUGUUUUUUUGUUUUUUUUGUUUUGGGUUUUUUUUGUUUGUUUUUGCGCUUGCUUUUUAUGUGUGAAGAAUAUCGGGUCAAGCAGAAACAAAAUGCUGCAGUGUUGUGAACAAUCAACUUGCAGUUAAUUAGAAAAUAAGGCCGAUAGGUAUGAAAUAUAUCAGAAUCUCCAUAUUGUAUAUCUUACAGUGAGAGGAUGCAUAAGAUGGGAAGAUGGAAGUUCUAACCCCUCUUGGCUCCUCUUGCCUUAUUUAUGUUAAAGGCUGCAAGUGCUUUUUUUUUUUUUUUUUUUUUCGUUUUUUUUUUCUUUCUUUCUUUUUUUUUUUUUUUUUUUUUAAAUCGCUGUAGAGGUUGAUGGCUAGUUGGAUGCUGACAGUGAAGCCCUUUGUGUGUAAAGUUAACAGCAAGUUGUACAGAAACCCCUAUUCAGCCGCUGGUCUAAAAGUUGGGUUUGAUUGCAGUCAUUUCAUCCAGCAGAUCUGCUGGAGUGGACUUUAUUGAGGAAAUAAAUUGAGGUUUUCUGGAUGUUUCUUUGUUCUUCUGUUUUUGUUUUUUUUAAAGCAAAUUUGUCAUAUCAUCCUCUCAUAAAUUUGUUGUAGUGUUUUUGUUUGUUUGUUUUUCGUUCCCCUCCCUGCCCAUUUAAAAUUUGCCGCCCUGUCACUCGACAUGACUUGGAGCUAAAUGUCCAUUAUCUGUAGGGCUUCCUCUGCCAUUACAAUAUAGCACAGGUGUGUUUCAGUGUUGCUUGUGGAAAAGGAUGAUUUAGUAGUGUGAUUAUAAAACUGUACAUUUGAACUUUGACCAUGCAAUAUCCUGUAAUACACACAGAGUACUGCUGUUCCCCAAAUUACAGGACACACGUUGUAUCUAUCAAUCUGUUGGCUCUUUUGCAGUUUAUUUGCUAACACUGUCUGCAAAAGUACAUUUGAAUGGCAACUCAGGUAACAAACAACACUUAGGAGGGGGUUCUGUACAUGUCUAUGUUGAGCUGCGGGUGACUUUCUGGAUUUAAUUAGUGCUCAGUUCCAGUAAUGUUUUGACAUACUUGCCCACUGAUCUGAUGUCUGAAACAGGAAAUGAACUGAACUUUAAAACGCAGGUCGCAUGACUUUGUAAUAAAGCAAUUUACUUAGCGAGUGCUGGAUUGCAAGUAGCAUGUUGACCAGUUUGUGUAAUUGCUCUCACUGAUUUUUUUUUUUUGUUUGUUUGUUUGUUUGUUUGUUUGUUUUUGUUUUUUUUCCCCACCCCCACCCCCCUUCUCCCCAGAAAGGUGUCAUAUCGUGAAUAAUUUCUGAUCAGAAUUUCUUUUUUGUUCUCAGCACACUGCUUACAUCAGACCUGUGACAAUAGGAUGUAUCUGAGGGUGGAGGUCAGGUGUAGAGAGAAGGUGCACAUUAAACCCUCUGUUACAGACCCUUUAGCCACAUGUGACUGCCUCCCUCCAAAAUGCAAAUACUCGGGUCACCGCAGAUACUGAGAUGAUUCAAGUGUGACGGUCAUGGCGUGGUAAUUGGGCGCUUCUCUAACUGGACUGUGUGUCAUUUAUCUCAAUUCAUUUUCUGGCACCAACAAGUCUGACACUCUUGGCUCAUUUUGGGUUUCUUUCUUCUUCUUUUUUUUUUUUUUUUUUUUUUUUUUCUUUUUUCUUUUUUUCCAUUUGAAGAAAUUUUGACCAUGUACAGUAAUUUGUAAACUUGCAUCAAGUUUAUGAAUAAAGAAUUUUAAGAUUA